AUGGCAGUCUUCCCGGCUAAGAAAUAUCCAAGCGCCGCCAACUCCAGCACCUUCGCCGCCAAAUACCGUGCCCUGAUGGCCCGACACCCUUUCCUACUUUUCGGCCUGCCCUUCAUGUCUGUCAUUGUGGCCGGCUCGUUUGUCUUGACGCCUGCGACUGCCGUGCGCUACGAAAAACAUGACCGAAGGGUCCGACAGAUGACUCGCGAUGAAGAGCUGGGUGUCGGCAAGGCUGGCCGGAAAGUCAACAUCAAGGACGAGUACUACAGGCUGGCCGCCAAAGAUAUCGACGACUGGGAGCAGAAGCGUGUCAAGAGACUUCCUGGAGAGUCUGAUGGCAUUCUAUGA